GCUUCCGGUCACCAUUUUGACGGAGCUCUAACUGACAUGUUCAUUAAGGGCAAGGCUCCGAGGCCACCACCCCGAGAGCGACGGCGCACCCCCAGCGGCCGGCUGCUGAGGGCCGUCGUAGCCCCGCCCCCGCCCUUGGGCUCCACCUCCCGGCCCCACUUCCGCCGGGCGAGCGUCAGUAGGCGUCGCUGCCGUAAAACAGGCAGGCGAUUUGCCGCAUCACGGAAGAUGGCGGCUGCGGCGGUGAACGGAGGGUCUGGUGUCUCGAGCUCCGGGCCCGCGGCUGCCUCGGGAGCGGUUCUGCAGGCCGCGGCCGGCAUGUACGAGCAACUCAAGGGCGAGUGGAACCGUAAAAGCCCCAAUCUUAGCAAAUGCGGGGAAGAGCUGGGCCGCCUCAAGCUGGUUCUUCUGGAGCUCAACUUCCUGCCAACCACAGGGACCAAGCUAACCAAACAGCAGCUCAUUCUGGCCCGUGACAUACUGGAGAUUGGGGCCCAGUGGAGCAUCCUACGCAAGGACAUCCCCUCCUUCGAGCGCUACAUGGCCCAGCUCAAAUGCUACUACUUUGACUACAAGGAGCAGCUCCCUGAGUCGGCCUACAUGCACCAGCUUUUGGGCCUCAACCUCCUCUUCCUGCUGUCCCAGAACCGGGUGGCUGAGUUCCACACAGAGUUGGAGCGCUUGCCUGCCAAGGACAUCCAGACCAAUGUCUACAUCAAGCACCCUGUGUCCCUCGAACAAUACCUGAUGGAAGGCAGCUACAACAAGGUGUUCCUGGCCAAGGGAAAUAUCCCCGCCGAGAGCUACACCUUUUUCAUUGACAUCCUGCUGGACACUAUCAGGGAUGAAAUUGCUGGGUGCAUAGAGAAGGCCUAUGAGAAGAUCCUCUUCACCGAGGCCACCCGAAUCCUCUUCUUCAACACACCAAAAAAGAUGACGGACUACGCCAAGAAGCGAGGGUGGGUCCUGGGCCCCAACAACUACUACAGUUUUGCCAGCCAGCAGCAGAAGCCAGAAGAUACCACCAUCCCCUCCACGGAACUGGCCAAACAGGUCAUCGAAUAUGCCCGGCAGCUGGAGAUGAUCGUCUGAGCCCACGGGCCCUGGGACGGGCAGGGCAUGGUUAUUCAAAACAGUCCUAGUGCAGGCUGCCCUCCAAUAAAGGUGGAUUAACUGCUCUUCCAGGCCCUUGUCUCCCCAGUCAGGGUGGCGGGGGAGACAGCUAUCAUGCCUGGAAAUCUUGGAAGUUUGGGGGCUCUUGGGUUGGGGGUUACCAGUAAUACCCUCCAUCUGGUCAGCCUCUGUCCAGCGGCCAUUGCUUCUGGUCUCAAACACAGGUGCCCAAUGGCCCUGUGGCCCACAGGAGAGCACAGGCCCCAUGUACAGGGACUGCUCCAGCCAGCCAUGUGACACACUGCAAUGUUUGGCCAGGGUGUUAGGUUUUUUUCAGCAAAGGGGGUGGGUGAAGAAGUUUUCCCAGUUUUUUUAAAUGUUGAUUAAUUAAAUAAUUUUUAAAACAAUAUGUGAAAUGGACCCUGUCUGUGGGCUACUUGUGUGAGCCCUCUGGAACAAAAGGUGUGGAUAUGCCCAGAUCCCUGUUCCUGAGCCAACCCUGUGACUUCGGACUUCCCGCCCGCCAGCCUGCUUCUUGCCUUGAAGUUCUUGGGAAGGUUAAGGGGUUGAGUCCAAGCCUGGCUGAGCCAUUUGUGGGUUGUAGGGUUUUCAGGAAAAGCAUCCAGAGUCAGUUCGCCCCUCUGUCAACUAGGCGUGAUCACAUCUCUCCAGAGUGGUUUGUCACUCACUUCUAGUUUGGCACCAGAUCAGAUCAGAUCAGACAUGGGCUGUGUAGUUUAGGGGAGUGAGUGCUCCCUCCCUACCCUGGGCCACU